UGUAACACGGCCGCAAGACGCAGCACUAACGCAAUAGCCACGGAUCCCACUUCAUUGCCAACAUGAAGCUCGAUGCUACCGACUUGCGGUACGUCACCACCGACGAGUUCCGGGUGCUCACAGCGGUAGAAAUGGGCUCGAAGAACCACGAAAUCGUCCCAACACAACUGAUCGUUCAGAUCUCCGGCCUCCGCAACGGAGGCGUGAACAAGAACCUUGGUUCCCUCGCCAAGCGCAACCUCGUCGCGCGCGUGCAGAACGCCAGAUAUGACGGAUACAGGUUGACGUACGGCGGUUAUGACUACCUCGCAAUGAGGGCGCUCUCGAAGCGGGACUCGAUGUACUCGGUGGGGAACCAGAUCGGGGUGGGCAAGGAGUCUGAUAUCUACAUCGUCGCGGACUCGGAAGGAAAGGAAAUGGUUCUCAAGUUGCACCGCCUCGGCCGCGUAUCCUUCCGCGCGAUUAAAGAGAAACGAGACUACAUGGGAAAGCGCAAGUCCGCGUCCUGGAUGUACAUGUCCCGGCUCGCCGCCGAGAAAGAAUGGGCAUUCAUGUGCGUACUGCACGAGCACGGCUUCCCCGUGCCCCGGCCGGUCGACCACGCGAGACACUGUAUCCUUAUGGAGUUCAUCGAUGCAUACCCUCUCCGCCAGGUAGCAGACGUCCCAUCGCCCGGCAGGCUCUACAGCGACCUGAUGGAUCUCAUCGUACGCUUCGCUCGCGCCGGGCUCAUUCACGGCGACUUCAACGAGUUCAAUAUCCUCAUUCGGCGGGACACAGGCGAGGCCAUCGUCAUCGACUUCCCACAGAUGGUCAGCACAUCGCAUCUCAACGCGGAAAUGUACUUCAACCGCGACGUGCAGUGCAUCCGGAAGUUCUUCCGUAAGCGGUUCCGAUAUGAGAGCAGCAUAUACCCGAAGUUUUCGAGCUCAAAGAAGACGGGAGAGGGCCAGGAGGGCGAGGACUUCCGGCUGGAUGUCGUUGUGGCUGCGAGUGGGUUCAAGCAGCGGGAUCAGGAAACUUUAGAAGAGUACAUGAACACUGUAUCAAAUCAGGAGCCAGACGGUAGCGAGGACGAAGAGGAGGAGGAGGAGGAAGAAGAAGAAGAAGAAGCAGAAGAAGGAAAGGAGGGGGAGAGAGGGGGCGGUCAGCAGAGCAUCGACGACCAAUCACAACACCCUCCACCAGACUCAGACUCAGCCUCGGACACAGACGACGCAUCCACGCGCUCACGCAGCCGCUCUCUCGCGCCCUCACCAAGCUCCCGUUCCCGUUCUCGCUCCGUGUCCCCGUCCUCCCUCGCCGACCGCACCGCCGGCCUCUCGCUCUCAGCAUCCGAGCACCCGUCCUCGUCAAAGGCACCGAUGCGUGGGACGAGCGAGGACGUCAAGGAGAAGGUGCACUCGGAGGUCUCGAAGCGGCGCGCAAGGGAGGUGCGCAAGUACCACUCGAAGAGGGGCGCGCGGCGCAUCGGGCGGCCGCAGGGCAGCAAGGCGAAGCAGGACACGCGGGUCAAGGUGGACGGCGGCGGCUUCUGGGAUUGAGUUCGGCACUCAAAAUUCGGAUGCAUGGGCGUGACGCCAAUAUGGGAGUCCGCUUGUCGUGCGGGAUGUCUUAAUUGUGUUCUAGUUUGUAUUGGUGUCUGUAUUGUAUUGUCAAUGGCUUCCUGUUCAGUGAGUCUGUAACUGAGGGGACAGUACUCAAUCUGACCUGAUUAGCUCAUUGGAGCCCCACUUGAUGGGCGAACGCGGUUUGCCUCUAAGCAUGUGCUGUUACUAGGUCGCAUCCGCGAAGGCCUGACU